AUCCCGAGGCUCGCGAGCAGCCCCCUCCCCUUCCUGGGCUUCCCCCACCCACUUCCCGGUCGGCUCCGGGGCAUGAGCAGCGAUGGCCGGCUGCAGCCCCGAGGAGAAAACUUACCGGCGCUUCCUGGAGCUAUUCUUGGGCGAGUUUCGCGGACCGUGCGGCGGCGGCGAGCCCGAGCCGGAACCCGAACCCGAGUCGGAGCCCGAGCCCGAGCCCGAGCCCGAACUGGUAGCGGCUGAGGCGCCCGAGGCUUCGGUUGAGGAACCCGGGGAGGAGGCGGCCACUGUAGCCGCGACGGAGGAGGGGGAGCAAGAGCAGGAGCAAGACCCCGAGCCCGAGGAGGAGGUGGUGGCGGCGGAGGGCGAGGAGGAAGAGGCGGCGGCAGCCCGGGGGCAGUCGGCCGUGCCACCGCCGCCGCAGCCCCAGCUGCCGCCGCUGCCCCCGCUCCCGCGGCCGCUGUCGGAGCGCAUCACCCGCGAGGAGGUGGAGGGCGAGAGCCUGGACCUGUGCCUGCAGCAGCUCUACAAAUAUAACUGCCCUUCCUUUUUGGCUGCUGCUUUAGCCAGAGCCACAUCAGAUGAAGUCCUUCAGAGUGAUCUUUCUGCACAUUAUAUUCCAAAGGAAACCGAUGGCACAGAGGGGACUGUGGAGAUUGAGACAGUGAAAUUGGCCCGUUCUGUCUUCAGUAAACUACACGAGAUUUGCUGCAGCUGGGUGAAAGACUUCCCUCUCCGCAGGAGACCCCAGCUUUAUUAUGAGACAUCAAUCCAUGCCAUCAAAAACAUGCGCAGGAAAAUGGAGGACAAACAUGUCUGCAUUCCUGACUUCAAUAUGCUCUUCAACCUAGAGGACCAGGAAGAACAAGCUUACUUUGCAGUGUUUGAUGGCCAUGGGGGAGUGGACGCUGCCAUUUAUGCCUCCAUUCACCUGCAUGUUAACUUAGUACGCCAGGAGAUGUUCCCCCAUGAUCCUGCUGAGGCCCUGUGCCGGGCCUUCCGGGUCACUGACGAGCGGUUUGUACAGAAGGCAGCCAGGGAGAGCUUAAGAUGCGGGACCACAGGAGUGGUGACUUUUAUCAGAGGCAACAUGCUACAUGUGGCCUGGGUAGGUGAUUCCCAGGUUAUGCUUGUGAGAAAGGGCCAAGCUGUUGAACUAAUGAAGCCACACAAACCGGACAGAGAGGACGAAAAGCAGCGAAUUGAGGCCCUUGGAGGUUGUGUAGUCUGGUUUGGUGCCUGGAGGGUGAAUGGAAGUCUGUCGGUCUCCAGAGCUAUUGGAGAUGCUGAACAUAAGCCAUAUAUCUGUGGGGAUGCAGAUUCUGCCUCUACUGUUCUGGAUGGAACUGAAGACUACCUCAUUCUGGCCUGUGAUGGCUUCUAUGACACCGUGAACCCUGAUGAGGCAGUGAAAGUUGUGUCUGAUCACCUGAAGGAGAAUAAUGGAGACAGCAGCAUGGUUGCCCACAAAUUAGUGGCAUCAGCUCGUGAUGCUGGGUCAAGUGAUAACAUCACUGUUAUUGUGGUAUUCCUGAGGGACAUGAACAAAGCUGUAAAUGUUAGUGAGGAAUCAGAUUGGACAGAGAACUCUUUUCAAGGAGGGCAAGAAGAUGGUGGGGAUGAUAAGGAGAAUCAUGGAGAGUGCAAACGCCCUUGGCCUCAGCACCAGUGCUCAGCACCGGCCGAUCUAGGCUAUGAUGGGCGUGUGGAUUCGUUCACUGAUAGAACUAGCCUGAGCCCAGGGUCCCAAGUCAACGUGCUGGAAGACCCAGGCUACCUAGAUCUCACACAAAUAGAAGCAAGCAAACCUCACAGUGCCCAGUUUUUGCCGCCAGUUGAGAGGUUUGGUCCUGGUGCACCAAAGAAGGCAAAUUUUAUUAAUGAGCUAAUAAUGGAGAAAAAAUCAGUUCAAUCAUCAUUGCCUGAACGGAGUGGUGCUGGAGAGUUUCCCUCUUAUUUUAAUUUGGGUUCAACAGGGCAGCAGAUAUGCAGAAUGGAGAGCUUCUCUCCUGUUUGUUCUAGGUUGGAAAAUGAACAGUUCAAAUUCCUGGGAAAGAGAGUUUCUAGAUUGUAUCAUUUACACUACCACUUCUCAAAGAGGCGGCACGGAUUCAGAUUUAAUCCAAAGUUUUAUUCUUUUCUCUCUGUUCGAGAGCCUUCCCACAAAACAGGCACUAGCCUGUCCUCACUUAUUCGAAGUGGGAAGAGAAAUAGGAUGUUAAGAAGUUCUCUGCCAUGGAGACAAAACAGUUGGAAAGGGUACAGUGAAAACAUGAUGGGGAAGCUUAAAAAGAGUAAUGCUAUUCCAUACCCAGCUCUUCCCUGGAGUUUUAAAAUAUAAUAAAUAACCUUCUCUUUAAAGUAGGCUAGCUAGCUCUCCCCCAGUAAAGACAUCACUAUCAGAGUAGAAACAAGAUAGACAUUUCUGAAAUAUUGUGUGCUUCAUUAUGAGCCAUGGAUGGCUCAACUCUUAAAUGUAAAUACAUCUCUAGGAAACUCACUACAGUGUUUUCAGUCUAAUAAAAAAGUACUGGCGGUUUCACUCGCGAAAUUAUACACCUGGUCCCAGUGACGUGUCUCUGUACCUACUACGUACCACCCCCACCCCAUGACCCUUUCACGUCACUAGUGGAAGCUUGCAAGUUGGUUAUUUCAGUCAGGAGAUACAGUGUUGAAAUCUCACAGCAGGUGAAAUCUGUUCUGAUGUGCCUAAUAGAUCUCUGGAAAACUUAAUGCAGAAUUAGAUCUAGUUGGGGAAUGUUCCUCAAAAGACUGGGGACUAUAAGGGAAAGCCCCUCCCCUUUUUUGGUAGGUAAAAGGCUAAAAGCCACAUGGGUUUUAACUGGUAACAAUGAAAGUAGAAAACUAGUGUAAAAAUGUCAUAUUCUCAGACUUGUGAGGUGGUAUAUAGUCGAACAGAUUCACUAAUUUUUUCCUGUAACAUAGAAGACCAACAACGAAAAUUUUUUGAAUUAAAAAGUAUUUCCUAGGGCUGUAGCUAUUUGGGAGUUUCAUAACCUGUUAUGGUGCUUUUGACGGAAUUAUUAUUAUUUUUUAGAAGACUGCUGUCAAUUGGUUUUAACCUAUGAUGCUAAUGUGUUUUUCACUGUACCUUCAUCUCAGAAGUAAAACUUCUUUAAUGGAGAUGAUUUCAGGUACAGAUAUACUAGAAUCAAGUUGCCAUUUUAAAAGAAAAUCAAAUAGUAUUUCUAUUUUUUUCUGCCUUUUUUUUUUAAAAAAAAAAGUUCAGACAGCAAAGGCAUGUACUACGAUCAAAUAAAAAGUGGUGUUGGAGAAUGAAAAAUAUUAGUUUUAACUUCUAUAAAAUUGUUUCCCCCAAGGGAAUGAAAUAAUUGGUGUGGAAGAGGCUGAAAGUACUGCCUAAAGUGAGCCCAGAGGCCAAGUGCAAAGGAGAAUGCAGAUUACUGCAGCUGAGGUCUGUUUAGUUGUAAAUUUGAGUCCUGCAGCGUCAGACCAAAUAGUACACGUUUCUCUUUUCAAUAUUUAUUUACAUUUGAUACUCUGAAAUUGUCUGCUUUUUGUCAUUUCUACAGUUUCAAGUCAGAACCAUAUCUGCAACUAGAGGCGGCAAAUAAACUAAUAAUCAGAUUCAUUCAGUGAGGCAGCCUGAUUCUUUGAGAAUCAUGAGCGUCUCCACGUGACAUUUUACCCUCCCCCAGUCGAGCAUGGAGCAGCCACGCCAAUGCACAGGAGCUGCCUGCUGCAGGGCUCACUCCCUCAUACUGUUGGGAGGUGCUAAAUGCUCUUGCUGGGAAACGUGCACUGAGCAAUCCUGUUUUAACCUAAUACUAACACACUAAUUACUUUAUGUUCCCCAGACUCAUAAUGGAGGACUAAGAUUCCUGGAUCUUAAAAACAGAGGACUGCAGCGUAUUUUGGGGUGCCAGUGUAGCUAUAUCAAACAAAUAAAAACAGAUUCACUUUAGCAACAGAUUGAUAAUCUACAGA